AUGGGCGGGCGCGGAGGCGCGGACACCGCCGGCGACCCGGGCCGCGGGCCGCCGCAGCCGCGUCCGGGCGCGCGGGGUGGGACUCGCCGCGGUGCCUCUGCCGACCCAGGGGCGGCGGCGCAGCCGGCAGGGGAAGCGGGGCCGGGGCGCGGCGCGGAGGCCCGGGGACCCGGCGCGCGCGAAGGGCGGCGGGGGAAGGCAGGGCCCUGGGCCACCUUAAGGCCCCGGGCCGCCUUGGCUUCGCGGCCGGCCCUCGUGUCUCCGCGCCAUCCCGGGAGGACCAGGGCCUCGGGAAGACCGGGAACCCAGACAGGCAACCAGAGCGGGAUCGCGCGAGUUGGGGUCCGGGCGCAGCCAAGUACAAAAUUUAAAGACUCUACAUUCAACAGUGUACAUAUGUACAUACAGGAAAAAAUGCUGGGAGAAAAUAGAAAAUAUGCUCAACAACUUACAGUCAUUAUGAUAACUGUGUGGAAUGAAUACAGCCCAAAUCCUAGUUGCAGUUUGCUGGGGAAAGGAUUUGACGCAGCUUCAAUCAAAUCACAGAUAUUUGCCUUAUGAACUUUUAUGAAUUUUUAUGUCUUUGUAAUUGCUAGACAAUAAAACACUUGGAGAGUUACGUUUGCCAGGUCAUUAUGUAACCCGACAGCAUUGUGCAUUAGUAAACCAUUAACUCACUCCUACCACUAAAAAGUGGCCUAAAAGCAGAAUCAAAUUUUGGAAUGAUCUCUGUCCUUGCCACACAAAAAUGACACCACUUCCACAAAUUGACUUGGGAUUUUGGAAGUAAGUUGCUUUAUACAGGUGAGUAUUUGAUAAUUCAGGGCUUUGUAUUUGGCUCAUUAUGGUGAAAUAUAAAAGUAAUUUUUAUGAUGAAUUUUUAUAAUUCAUCCUGGCUGUGCAAACCUGAGGUUUGGCAAUUCUUCAUGAACGGAAUGGAACAGAGAGUUGUAACCAAGAUCAAAAUAUAAAUGCUUUCCAUUCUCCUUUUCCCUCUCUUCAUCUUCUGCUGGUUUUAUUUAAAUGACCAGGCUAACAAAAAAGUGCUGUAUUUAAAAAAUAUUUAAUAAAGCUUA